AUGCUAAAAUCAAUGGAUUCUCGACAGGUAAAAUUCCAGUUUAAAAAAAUCGUAUCAAAAAGUUUUCAGUCAAAAGAAGAGUCCACAUCACCGCCGAUUCUGUCAGUUCCACCCAAAAAACCAAAAUACGGAAGACCCAAAAAGACGCCCGCUUUUUCCAGUUUCCGAUGUGUACGUUUAUAACUAUAGAUAAACCAUGAUAGCUCAAAAAAACAUUCAGUACGAAGAACGAGACAUUGAAUUUUUCAUCCAUCAAGUUUCGGACAACGAUCACAUUUGGGAUCGCAAAAACUCGCUGAACUUUGACGGAAAUUUCAUUCACGCCACUUUCGAUAAAAUCGAAACUUGCUGUCAAUUUUUAUCCCGGAAAAAUGGUUAGAUUUAGACGUUCUUUAAGGUAACAAAAAAUGAUGAUUUUAGGCGAAAACGCUGCCCGACUCUGGACAGAAUUGGCGAGUGAAUACAAGCGCGAAAAAGUUCGAAUCGAGAAUUUGCCAAGUGGAAUUUAUUCGGAAGAGUUUGAAAUUCGAUUUCCGUUCAUGCAACAAAUGUGGUUUUUGGAAAUUGAUGUUAAGAAUUCCGAGUUGAAAGAGGCCGAUUCGAACAGUUUGGAAGAGACGAUUUGCGGUUUUGUAAACAAGAAAUCGAGUAUUGUUGAAGGUAAAAAAAGUCGUAUAACUCUUUGGAAAAAUCAAUCGAUUCGAGAAACGGGAUUAGCAGUGCUUAGGCUGCUAAUGUUCUUAGUUGCUGCUUUUACAAUUUAGUCGCUGCUUGGCUUAUUUUAAAUUGACAAAAACGUUUAAAUUUCGCUACGAGAUACAAUAUUUUUCAAAUCUUUUCAGCGCCCUUGACGUCAUCACUCUCCGGUCCCAUGGAACAUCUCACCGAUUCGAUUAACCGUCUGAUCGGUGUCAUUGAUCGAUCAUCCGACGAGCGGUCUGGCCAUCCGAAGCACUCCGACCUCAUCGAUCAUCUGAUUUCGUUCUUCGAUAAAAUUCCGCGAGAGAAACACUUGGAGUACAAAUGUCAGAUUGUCCGUUUUUUGGAGACUCUUCACGUUGAAUAA